ACCAGUACCAUCACAUCCCUAGAGUCGCGAACGACGGCCCAAUUUUCCUAGCAAGUUGUCAUUAUUGUUAUUGUUUUCGUUUGUACAGUAGACAGAUAUAAAGUUUGUUGUUUUCUUUAAAUUUAUCUACUUAGUGUUGCUAUUAAAUCUAGACAGGAGACCAGUCAAAGUACUUCAAAUGUCUGCAGUCUAUAUAUUUUUUUUCAUCUAGGUCAAAGUACAUUUGACAUUGAUAAGCAGGUCAGAAUUCGGACAGAACACAUUCGUGUGAUUUAAUUCAAGAAGUACAGCAUGGCUGAUGCAAAGAAAAAACCAGUGAAGUGGAGUAUGCAUUCAGCUACACCAAUAUUUCUUUUGCUGGUGUCUAUUCCAGUUUCUAUGCUUAUGUGGGCUGGAAACUUGGCAUUUACUCGACUUAAACUGGGAAGUGGAGAAGUGAUACCACCUACGAGGUGGCUUGCUGCUACUCUGAUCCCUCUUGCAUUCGCUGCCUGGGGUUUGAAGAAAAAGAAUAUUAACAAAAGUGGAGCUUUAAUUGGACUUCUGAUUGCCUUUAUUUUGACUCUUGCCAGCUAUGCGUUUCUUGUGGAUUUAAUAGUAUUCUUUGUCACAUCAUCCAAAGCUACAAAAUAUAAGCAGAGUGUUAAAAAUAAACUAGAUGUGAGCUUCCAAGAAGGUUCCCAGAGGAAUUGGAUCCAAGGUUUAUGUAACCUCGGCAUGGCCGCUCAGCUAGCAGUCCUCUACCUGUUGGAUAGUGGGUCAGGCGAGCGCCCAAUCGACUUCAGUAAUGAUUUUGGGUCCUCUUGGCUCUCCCUAGGUGUAUUGGGUGCUAUGGCAUGUGGAAAUGCUGAUACAUGGGCAUCAGAGCUGGGCACAGUUCUUUCUAAGCAAGAUCCAUUUUUAAUCACUACAGGAAAACGAGUUCCAAAAGGUGUGAAUGGUGGAGUCUCUUGGAUAGGUCUAGUUCUGAGUUUUUUAGGUGGUGCUGUAGUCGGUGUUGGACACUUCUUGGUUUUAUAUUUUUGUUCUAUUCCACCAACCUCUCAGCCUCAGUGGAAAAUAAUUCCUAUUGCUGCUUUUGCUGGUCUCAUUGGCAGUAUCAUCGAUUCUCUUCUGGGAGCGACUUUACAAUAUUCAGGUCUCAAUAAAAAGAACGGUAUGAUUGUUGAAACGCCGGGGCCAGGAGUUGAGUAUAUCUGCGGUUGUAGGGUCCUGGAUAACCAUUCAGUCAACCUUUUAUCAACCAUUCUUACAGGAUUGAUAACUCCUAGGAUAGCAGUCUUCUUUUGGCCUCGAUAAUGAUUAAGUUGAAAGGUUUGUCGAUAAGACUGAGACGUAUGUCACUGAGCUCUACUGGUCAAUCUAACAUCUAAUGAAAUUCAAAGUCAACUUGAAU